CACAUUUUGCAAAAAAGUCUUUAAACAUAUACAUAAAAUAAGUCAGCUUUGUGUUUUAUUAAGUUAGUUACACAAUAGUGGGUAAACUGAUCAACAAGAAGUAAUUUUUGUCACUUAAAGUAACUGGACAAAUUGGUCCACAAACAUCUGAGUGCGCAACAAAUAGGAGUCGGUAACGGUAGCCUUGCUUGCUCUUCAUUUAAACAUGAUUCACAAAUUUUUUUAAUCAAAUAAUUUCAUUAUUUAUUUGUAUUUCUAAUAACUUUUUAUCGCUUAUAUUUCCAAGCCUCUCAUGCCAUAAUCGAAAAUAAUGUUUAUUUUUCGCAUAUUUGCAUAAUAUAUGAUUGAUACUGCACAAUAGGAAUGUUGUUAAACAUACCUGAAUUCUUGGCCACGAUCAAUCCAUUCUUGAAAAUGGUUAACCGAGUCUUGUCAAAUUUGAUUGACAUUCCUGCCUCUUGUAGGCGCUUCACGGACAUCAAGUUUCCAGCACAAUGCCGCGCUUAAUUGAGUAAAUAUAUUCGCCUUGCUUGGCCACAGCGAUCUUCAGCGGCGGCACCAAUUCCACAAAAUUAACGCACAGCGACUCAUCAUUUUGAGAAGAUCCCUUGCACCUCAUUUAUCUACCGCGCGGUUUUCAUUCCCUUCGUUUACCAUGAAUGCAAUGCCUUGUGAUGUUGCGGUUUUAGCUUGUUUUUUGUAGUUUGUAUUAUCUUUAUUUCUUUCAGUUAGUAUUCUUUUAUAGUGGUAACAAUCCUUUUUAAUGUGUCCCUGUUUGUAGUGAGAUCUAACCCUAUUCUUAGAAUUCACCUUCAAUGUUUUCUUUUGUUUAGUUACGCGAAUUUUAAAUGAGUUGUUUUCAAAGCUGUAGUUUUUAUUUUGCACAAUCGUAUUUAAAAAAUUUCCUGCUGAUGUUUUUACGAUCAUUUUUAAUUUUAGUUUCCUGAUCUAGCAUCUAUUCUUAACAAAUCCCAAUGUUAAAUAUUCGUCUGAUAAUGGCUGUGGUGACGCCAUCGUAAGCCGAAGGCAAUGUAAUAAACAUUGGGACACUUUAUCAAUCUCUUCUAUUUUGGCACCUGCGGCCAAUUGAUAUUUUUUUUCUUUUAUAUAUCGCGUUCGAAUUUCCAAGAAUUUGACGCGCCGUUAUAUCCCUCGUCGCAAAGUUUAGAAAUAAAUUUUUGCACAACGCUCAGGUAAUUUAUCAGGUAUGUCUUGAUCGAUGACCUUAAGCACAUCCAGUUCGGUCAAUAAAGCCCUUAUUCUGAAUUCCCAAAUCGCAUACUUCUCGCCAUUGAAUGGCUUUAUAUUUCGUUUUCCCUUGUCCAUGCUAGCGUGCACAUAUACACAGGUCUAUAAGUAUAGGUUAACACGCGUGGAACUAAACUCAAUGCAAUUUUACAAUAGCUCGUAAUUUCACAAGAAUUCUAAAUUACCAAAAAUCGAAAUAGUUGUUUUAUUAAUAGUUGUUUUACAAAUCAAUUGUCUUAAGCAUUCAACAAUUUUUGCAAAAACAAUAACCAACGACGGGGUAGAAACUUACUCGCCUUUUCGGGAACCAUAGGUAUGUUAUGUUAUUUGCCAAGGGCAACGUAAUGGAAACCAAAUUUUAAUUUCUAAAUGAGAAAAGCUGUCGAUUCGUGAAAAGAGCUAUUAUUGUAUUUUACACAAAUAACAAUCACUGCCAUUCAAUUCAGAACAGAAACGAAGCUUAAUUAUUAGUACUCGGUACACCCUUUUUGUAAACAAAAAUGCCUUAAAAUAUUCCCCAUUAAGAUCUUUACACUUCAGCACUCGUUUCAACCAAGUGUCGAAGCACUUUUGCCACUGAUUGAUAUCAAAAUCAAAUAACAUUGACCUCUCUUUUUAUUUUUCAAGAACGGAAAUAAGUCGAACUUAACAAUUAAACAUUGUUGCUUAAUAAUGCACAGUUUGAGGAGAUUUGUGGAAGCUCGAUUAUAUUUUUUUUAAGCAUUUCUUUCUUCCAAUCGGCACGAGCCUUCUUUUAAGUGAUUGACAAACUGUGUGAGUUCCAACGCGAUUACAUUUUUUGACGGUCAUAUGUUCAUGUAUUAUUAAAUGUAUGCUGGUCUAACUAAUGCCUAAGGUCACAGCAUCAAUGGUUUUUGGAACAACAACGGAUUUUGGAAUUCCUUCAAGAAAUUCGCCUUCAACCUCUGUUAUAGUCUUCAAACCAUCCUUAAACAUUGGUUUUUGAUAAAGCUUCAUCCCCAAAAAUGUCAAAACGGUCUAAGUACGUAUACCCUCAAAACUGUUUAGCUUAACAAUAGAGCUUACAGUUGUCAGAUUGUCCAUUCCCGAAUAAAAUAAAAUAAAAGGCUCGUAGCGCCUAUCGCAACACUUCUGUCUGGCCACCAGCUUCAAGAUUUUGUAAAAACGUCAUUUAAAUGUACUAUUAACAUUUAAUGUAUGCCACUGGAAAAUAUAAAGAAUUAAUUUUAUAGCAGUUUAAAUAAGUUAAAAUUUCUAAAAUUAUUAUGUAUUAUGGUCUAUUUUGACAAUACGCUAGAGAGAUUAUUAUGCUCUCAUAGUAACAUGCCAGAUAUGCCGACUUAGCACUAGGACUGUCCAUUGCAUGUUUAUAUAACCUUGGAAUUAAGAAAUACAAUGUACCCAGUGGUACAGUAAUUUUGCACUUAUUGUAAAUAAUUUAAACGCUUGGUAGUAUUUUGGCUACAACAUUUAUAUAAACCAUUUACACCCAUGACUGGUUGGAAUUGCUUAUUGGACCCUCCUAAGAGUAAUAAUUUGAGAUGUACCUUAUUAUUUUAUAAAGAGGACGUUCGUAACAAGCAGCUGCUUGAGAUUAUGAACUCUCGCUUUAAUGAUCUUAAUGAGCUCAUUAAUAACACUUUGCGAGCACCGGAGGGACGGAUAAAUAAACUCAAGGAUGACUUCGCUGCAAAUUUGCACAGCAGAGCUGCAACGACGACACCUUUGGAACAUCAAGGAAACUCCGAUUUUUUGAAAAUAAUAACAUUAGAACCGUUGAUACCUGUUUGGUUGGCCAUAAUCAUCAUCGUAACAUGCUUGGGCUUUUCGGCUUUGUUUUCAGGUCUUAACUUGGGUUUAAUGUCGAUGGACCGCACAGAAUUAAAGAUUUUGCGGAACACUGGUACGGAAAAAGAAAAAAAUAUGCAUCAAAGAUUGCACCUGUUCGUGAUCAAGGCAGUGUGUUCAAGACAUGGAUUGGCAAUUGGAGCUAAGACCAUUUUAGUAACCAAAACCGUAAUGGCUAUAACAGCCCCACUAUCUUAUCCAGUUUCUCGUAUUCUUGAUAAAUUAUUAGGCGAAGAAAUUGGUAAUGUUUACAACCGAGAACGUUUAAAAGAACUUGUCCGUGUUACAAACGAUGUAAAUGAUCUUGAAAAAUGAGGUAAACAUAAUAUCCGGAGCUCUCGAAUUGCGUAAGAAAACUGUUGCUGACGUAAUGACGCAUAUAAAUGAUGCAUUUAUGCUGUCAUUGGAUGCGCUACUUGAUUUUGAAACAGUGUCAGAAAUUAUGAAUUCUGGGUAUUCUCGUAUUCCGGUAUACGAUGGUGAUAGAAAAAACAUUGUUACUUUACUUUAUAUUAAAGAUUUGGCAUUUGUUGAUACUGAUGAUAACACUCCUUUAAAAA